CUUGUGGACCGUACAGGCAGCCUCUACAGUAGCGGAGUACUGUAUUAGGUAAAAAGAAGGUGUUGUUCAUCAGCACCCGGGAAGUGCAGGGACUAACCGCACACACACACACACACACUCUCUCUCUCUCACACACACACACACACUCACACCUCUAGAGCAACCCAUUAUGGAGAGGAGUGGGCUUCCCGGGACGCUCUGUGGAGCUGGUGCAGAAACAGAGCCCAAGAUGUCAGAGGCCAUCCUCACUUUCCAAGUGCAGCUGUCCGGAGUGAUGGAGACGGUGCUGAAGUCGGCCAUGUACGAGAUCACCAGGCUGGUGGAGGACAGCUUCCUGGAGGAAGUGGCCCGCAGCAAACAGGAAGUGGAGUCUCUGCGGCAGAGGCUGCAGUGGUGGGAGAGCCGGCGCAGAGAGCGAGAGGGUGGUGGGAGGGCGAGGUGUGCGGACUGUGGCCGCGCCGGAGUCCCCAGGGAGGGGGCGCACAUCACCACCCCCCCUGCGCCACCUGGUGCUGAAGGCCGCAGCGCUGCUGCUUUUACUAAGAGAUGCAGUGAGCAGGAGCACAGUGAGCAGGACACAGCGCCCCCUGCAGGCCAGCGCCUCACGGAGCAGCAGGGCAGGCAGAGAGCUGGGGAGACCUGCGGGUUUUACACGGCAGGAUCUCAGCACUGCGCCGGCAGCGGGGGCCAUCUGGACUCGGAGCGUGGAGCCUGGACUGCCUUUAAAUUAGGGGACAGUGACACUGAGACUGAGGGCCCUGGCUCCUCCUACACUGCAGAACAGAAGGCGGCGAGUCCGUCAGCCGGCCCUGCAGCGGAGGGCGCCGCUGACAGCGUGUCCCCUUUACACUGUCUCAGUGUGAAAUCAGAGGGGGACGCGCCGCACUCGGUGGCCGUUAAAGAGGAGGCUGAGAUUCAGCCCGUGUGUGGGGAGGAGAUCAGAGCGGACUUAGCUCACACACGUCACAGACGACACACAGAACCCUGGGACACAGGAGACAUGCAGGCGGAGAGGGUGGGGGGCCGGCCCAACGGCCUGCCCCAUCGCCGCAUCAGGAAGACAAACGCCCAAAGGCAGAGGGAGUACCGGCAGAGGCGCAGCGAGGAGGAGGUGGCCCGGGACAGGGAGCAGGCGAGGAUGAGGAUGAGGAAGUACCGCUGGAGGAAGAAGCACGGCGGAGAGGCCGCCCUCAGCACCGUGGCAGCUCAGCGGGGAGCGCAGAGGCCAAGGAGAGAGGCGUCAGCCCCAGGGACCAGCGUGCACCGGGAAAUAUCAGCGCUCUCAGGAGGGUCGGUCUGCAGCUCAGCAUCCAGUCCGUGCUAGCUCCUGCUCCA